UCAGCCUGGUGAUUUCAUCAUUGGUGGCAUUACAUCUUUUGUCUUCUUGCCUGAUGUUUCAAACAACUUCACUGGUCAUCCUCAUAACCUCACUUCUGAGAAAAUGGUAAUGACUAAGCAUUACCAGCAUGUCUUGGCCUUAGCAUAUGCUGUGAAGGAAAUCAAUGAGAACAGUAAGAUCUUACCUAACUGCACCUUGGGGUUCAACAUCUAUGACAGAUAUGGUGCAAGAUGGACUUACUAUGCCACUAUGCAACUAUUCUCCCUACGGAAGACAUUUAUCCCCAAUUACACAAAAGACAUUUGGACCAACUUGAUCUCAGUCAUCGGAGCUCUUUAUCCUGAAACUUCACUCCAUAUGGCCAACAUCUUGGGAAUCUACAAAAUCCCACAGUUCAUGUAUGGCUCUGCUCCAGUGAUACAUGACAACACUGAGAACCUUCCCUUUUAUCAAAUGGUUCUGAAUGAAAACUAUCAGACUAAAGGGAUUGCCCAGUUACUUUUACACUUCAGGUGGACAUGGGUUGGUGUCAUUUCUAAAGAUAAUGAGAAUGGAGAAAGGUUUGUACAGACAUUACUUGCACAGUUUGCCCUCUAUGACAUCUGUGUUGCUUUCAUAAAAAGUAUCAAGACAAUCAACAUCUUGGAAGCGUAUAAGAUAUUGCAGUUUUUAUUUGAGAUCUAUGAUUUCAUUUAUAGCAAUGCAAAUGUUUUGGUCAUCUAUGAAGAUCACAUAGUAUAUUUAAGAACACUGCUAUAUCUAUCAGAAAUCGAAGUAAAAGAACCUAGAGGUAAAGUAUGGCUUAUGACUGCCCAGAUGGACCUGAUGGCAUUAUCUUUUCAAAGGAGUUGGGAUAUACGACCUAUUCAUGGAGCUCUCUCCUUUACAAUUCACAGUUCACAUGAAGUAUCUGCUUUCCAAUCUUUUCUUCAAUCCAGAAAUCAUUUUUUGACAAAAGAAGAUGGUUUCCUCAAGGAUUUUUGGAGAGAAGCAUUUAACUGUGAAUUUUCACAUUCAUUUGAUAGCAACAAAGCUGUUAGUAUGUGUACUGGGGCUGAGAAACUUGAGGAUCUUCCUGGGACUUUUUUUGAAAUAAGCAUGACUGGCCACAGUUACAGUAUCUACAAUGCUGUCUAUGCUGUGGCACAUGCUUUGCAUGCCAUGCUUGCUCAGUCCAAGCAGGCAAGAAUGAUGAAUGGAUCCAAGUGUAACCUUCAGUAUCAACACUCAUGGCAGGCAUUGCCCAUUUCUGUAUGUACUGAUAGUUGCAACCCUGGUUGUUUCCGGAGAAAGAAAGAGGGGAAUGCAUCUUGUUGUUAUGAUUGUGUCCCAUGUCCUGAAGGACAGAUUUCAAACCAGAAUGACAUGGAUGACUGUUUCAAGUGCCCUGAAGAUCAAUAUCCAAACAUGGACCGCAAUUCAUGCAUUUAUAAAAUAGUAAGCUUCCUGUCCUUUGAAGAGCCUUUGGGGAUCAGUUUAGUCAUUUCAGUAGUUUCUCUUUCUUUAUUCACACUUUUGGUACUAGGAACAUUUUUGAAGCACCAUGACACUGCCAUCGUCAAAGCCAACAACAGGAAUCUUACCUAUAUGCUUCUCAUCUCCCUUCUGCUCUGCUUCCUCUGUGUUUUUCUCUUCAUUGGCCCACCAAGGAAGGUGAUGUGUCUCCUCCAACAAAUUACCUUUGCCAUUGUCUUCUCAGUUGUUAUAGGAUGCAUUUUGGCAAAAACCAUCACUGUGGUUCUUGCUUUCAUGGCGACCAAGCCAGGAAGCAGAAUAAGAAGAUGCAUGGGGCAAAGACUGGCCAAUUUUAUUGUUCUCUGCUGCUCCCUUAUUCAAGCAGGCAUUUGUAUUGGGUGGCUGUCAACCUCUCCCCCAUUUCCAGAUGUAGACAUGCACUCAGUGACUGGAGAAAUUCUACUCAAAUGUAAUGAAGGGUCAGCUAUCCUAUUUUAUUGUGUCCUGGGCUACAUGGGCUUCCUGGCUGUGAUCAGCUUCACUGUGGCUUUUCUAUCUAGAAAAUUACCAGAUAGUUUUAAUGAAGCCAAGUUUAUCACUUUCAGCAUGGUGGUUUUUUGCAGUGUUUGGUUAUCCUUUGUGCCAACCUACCUGAGCUCUAAUGGCAAAUACUUUGUGGCCGUAGAGAUCUUUGCUAUCUUAGCUUCCAGUACUGGUUUGCUGGGCUGCAUCUUUUUCCCCAAAUGUUACAUAAUUGUGUUGAGGCCUCAGCUGAAUAACAGGGAACAUGUAAUAAAAAGAAUGCUUUGA